UGCUGGAGGAAAUGAGGUGUGUCGAGUUUUUACCUGGGAGAAAAGAGUGAUGCAAGUGUUUCUGUUGGGACCAAUCCCUGGGUUAGGGUGGGGAGGAACUGCCUAACAGGCCACCUGUAGACUCCUGGGCAGACAGCAGAGACAGGGCUUUUGCAAACAUCACAAGCAGACAGCUCUGAGGACAGCCACAGUGGAUCUCCUGAAUUAGCUCACCAGGGAAAUCAGAGACCAACUAUGGCUUGGCUUUUCCCCAGAACCACAGGGGCUCUGGCCGUUUUAAUGGUGGUGGUGUUGGUUCAUGGAGAAUUGCGAAUAGAGACGAAAGGACAACAUGAAGAAGACGAGACAGCAAUGCAACAAACCAGAAGAAGACACAAACGUGAAUGGGUGAAAUUUGCCAAACCCUGCAGAGAAGGAGAAGACAACUCAAAAAGAAACCCAAUUGCCAAGAUUUCUUCAGAUUUUCAAGCAACCCAGAAAAUAACCUACCGAAUUUCUGGAGUUGGAAUUGAUCAGUCCCCCUUUGGAAUCUUUGUUGUUGACCCAAACACUGGUGAUAUUAACAUAACAUCCAUAGUUGAUCGAGAGAAAACACCAAGCUUCCUGAUCACAUGUCGAGCUCUAAAUGCCUUAGGAAAAGAUGUAGAAAAACCACUUAUACUAACGGUCAAAAUUUUAGAUAUUAAUGAUAAUCCUCCAGUGUUUUCACAAAGCAUAUUCCAGGGUGAAAUUGAAGAAAAUAGUGCUUCAAACUCACUGGUGAUGAUACUGAAUGCCACAGACGCAGAUGAACCAAACAAUCUGAACUCGAAAAUUGCCUUCAAAAUUGUCUCCCAGGAACCUUCAAGCAUGUCCAUGUUUCUCAUAAGCAGAAAUACUGGAGAAGUCCGAACUUUGACCAAUUCUGUUGAUCGAGAGCAAGUUAGCAGCUACAGUCUGGUUGUGAGUGGUGCAGACAGAGAUGGUGAAGGGCUGUCGACUCAAUGUAAAUGUAAUAUUAAAGUGAAAGAUGUCAACGAUAACUUCCCAACGUUUACAGAAUCUCAGUAUUGGGCACGUAUUGAAGAAAAUGCUUUAAAUUCGAACUUGCUUCGGUUUCAAGUGACAGACUGGGAUGAAGAGUACACAGAUAAUUGGCUGGCCGUGUAUUUCUUUACCUCUGGAAAUGAAGGGAAAUGGUUUGAAAUAGAAACUGAUCCCACAACCAACGAAGGCAUCCUGAAGGUGGUUAAGCCUCUCGAUUAUGAACAAAUGCAAAGCAUGCAAUUUGGUAUUGCUGUCAAAAACAAAGCCGAAUUCCACCGGUCCAUAAUCUCUCAAUAUCGAGUUCAGUCAAUCCCAGUCACAGUCCAGGUCGUAAAUGUCAAAGAAGGAAUUUCAUUCCGCCCUUCUUCGAAGAUAUUCACUGUGCAAAAAGGCAUAAGUAGUAAAAAACUGAUUGGUUAUGUCCUGGGAACAUAUCAAGCCACUGAUGAAGACACUGGCAAAGCUGCCUCCUCUGUCAGAUAUGUCAUGGGUCAUAAUUAUGGUGGUCUGCUAACUAUUGAUUCAAAAACGGCUGAAAUCAAAUUUGUCAAAAACAUUGACCGGGAUUCUACUUUCAUCAUUAACAACACAAUCACAGCUGAGGUUCUGGCCAUAGAUGAAUACACAGGUAAAACUUCUACAGGCACCGUGCAUGUUAAAGUACCCAGUUUUAAUGAAAAUUGUCCACCAGUGGUCCUGGAGAAGGACGAAGUCUGUGGUCCCUCACCUUCUGUGGUUGUCUCUGCUCAAAACCUGCAAAGGGACAGAUACCCUGGUCCCUACACAUUUUCACUGGAAAAGAAACUGCAGAAGUUGCCAGUUGUUUGGACUAUCACAGCACUCAAUGGUACCUCUGCUCUCCUGAGAGCCCAGCAAAAGAUGUCUCCUGGAGUGUACAGAAUUCCCCUCAUAAUUACGGACAAUCAGGACAGGCAGUGUGACACACCAGAGAUCUUGACUCUGACAGUCUGUGACUGUGACAACAGGGAUGUCUGUGGAGCUUCUUCCAUAGACAAAGAACCUAAGCCCACGUACAGAAAUGGGCCCUCAAGACUGGGACCUAAUGCCAUUGGCUUGCUCCUCCUCGGACUCUUGAUGUUGCUGUUGGCCCCCCUUCUGCUGCUGACCUGUUCCUGUGGGACAACUCCCAUCGGAGGGGUGACAGGUGGUUUCAUCCCAGUUCCUGAUGGUUCUGAAGGGACAAUUCAUCAGUGGGGAAUCGAAGGAGCCCAACCUGAGGACAAGGAAAUCACAAAUAUUUGUGUACCAGCUAUAACGGCCAAUGGAGCAGAUUUCAUGGAAAGUUCUGAAGUUUGUACAAAUACAUAUGCUGGAGGCACAGUCAUGGAAGGAAUUUCGGGAAUGGAAAUGACAACCAAGCUUGGAGCAGCUACUGGAUCCGGAGCUGCCACAGGGUUUGGAGCAGCCUCGGGACUUGUCACCUAUUCUUCGGGACAGUCAGUAACAAUGAGGACAAGGCAUUCCACGGGGGGAACCAAUAAGGACUACACUGAUGGGGCCGUGAACAUGAGUUUCCUAGAGUCCUACUUUUCUCAGAAAGCAUUUGCCUGUGCAGAGGAAGAAGACAUCCAGGAAGCAAAUGACUGUUUGUUGAUCUAUGAUAAUGAAGGCGUGGAUGAUGCCCCGGGUUCUCCCAUAGGUUCCCUGGGUUGUUGCAGUUUUAUUGCUGAUGAUCUGGAUGACAGUUUCUUGGACUCCCUCGGCCCCAAAUUUAAAAAACUUGCAGAGAUAAGCCUCGGUAUUGAUGAUGAAGCCAAACAAGCUCAGCCAUGCUCUAAAGACAAGGGUUCUGGCAUUGACUCCUGUGGUGGCACCAUGGAAGUCCAGCAGCCAGGAUUUGACAGGUGCCAGACUCUGUCUGGUAGCCAAGGGGUUUCUGCUUGGUCCGCUUCUGGGUCUGUCCAACCAGCCAUUUCCAUCCAUGACCCUCUGCAGCAUGGUAACUAUUUGGUAAAGGAGUCUUACUCUGCUUCUGGAUCCUUUGUGCAACCUACCACUGCAAUCUUUGAUCCACUUCUCACACAAAAUGUAAUAGUGACAGAAAGGGUGAUUUGUCCCCUUUCCAGUGUUCCUGGCAACAUAGCUGUCCCAACGGAGCUACGGGAGUCAUGCAAUAUGCUCUAUACAGAAAAUCCUUGCUCCCACCUAUGAUCAGCACAUAACAGAAUAACGUUCUGGAAGAAUCUGAGUAUUUGGACCAAAUUUCUUAAAAUAGCAGCAAACCUCUCUACAUUGUGUGAAUUUAGCAUUUAUUGGAUACUCUGAUAAACUGUUCAUGAUUAUAAUUUAAAUAUUCUGGUUCGUUCCUCAAAUAGGAUGUGUCAUCACUCCUAAUUCUGGAAUAUUUUUCAAAUUGUGGUAAACAUUUAUGUUUUUCAAAAAUCUUAUGAUCAUAUUGGGUGGGAAAUUUUCCUAAACACUUUUAAAUGUAUAUGCUUGCAUUGCCAAAGAAAGGUGUUUAUCACUUUGAACAGAAAUGUGGUUCACUGGAUUAGCACUUGGAGUCAAGAGUCCUGAUUCUUGUCUCUGUUGCCUUUUCUUAUAUCAUUACUAAUGAUAUAAGAACAUUAUUACUAAUGACUUCAGAAUCUCGAGGCAUUUGCCAAAGCAUUUUGAGCUGCUCAGAAUAAAAGAAAUAACUUCA